AUGGCGGAACCACUCAUAAAGGCACCCGUGCCAGUCACUCUCCCUCCACCACCACCCACCGACUUCAUGACCGCCGAUCAAUGGGAGACACUCUGGGCUAUCCUCGAUGGCGUCCUGCCGUCCAUCGCGCCUGCAUCUGCCAUCACGGACAAGGACACGCAGAUUGCCAUCCCUGACGACGAAUUCAACAGCCUCAUAGACAAGGUUCGCAGCUCACUGGACGGUGCUCCAAGCAGAGAGGAGAUUGCAGAGUUUCUCGCCUUUCGGCCGUCUGCGCAUCCCGAAUUCCGCGAGGACUGUAUACGGGGCUUGGGCGUAUCGCCGGCGAGGGCCAAGCUUGCGGGAGUCCUUGGAACACUAGGAACACACGCCGGAAGCCUGCUGCUAACAGGCUACUGGAGCCCCAUCACCCAACAACCCACAAGCACCCGCGAAGCCAUCGUCAAAUCAUGGACCACCUCUCGCUUCUCGACAUUCCGAGGUCUCGCAAAGUCCAUGGUCGCCCUGGCCGGAAAGGCAAACAGCACCACCAACCCUUACCUCCAUAAAAUCUCGGGAUACCCCGACGUCCCCAAAGACUGGAAGCCCGCGGAAGGGCACGACUAUGUGUUCCUUCAGGUGCCUCCUGCCGCUGCCGGCAAGGAGGACGAAGUACACGAAAUCACCACCGACGUAGUCAUUGUCGGCUCAGGCCCCGGGGGUGGCGUCUGCGCCAAGAAUCUCGCCGAGGCAGGGCACGAGGUCCUCGUCGUCGACAAGGGAUACCACUUCCACCCUACAUAUCUUCCCAUGCCACAGAGCGCCGGACUCGAGUAUCUGUUUGACCAUAGCGGCGCCUAUGUGAGCGAGGACACGAGCAUAUCCAUGACAUCGGGCAGCUGCUGGGGUGGCGGCGGGUCAGUCAACUGGAGCGUGUGUUUCAAGCUCCAGGACUACGUACGCAAGGAAUGGGCCGAUGAGGGCCUCCCGCUCUUCACGUCGCCCGAAUUCGACGAGUGCAUGGACCGCGUAUGGAAAUUCAUUGGCGCCGGGUCCGAGGCCAUCCGCCACAACUUCAGCAACAACAAGCUGCUGGAUGGAUGUAAGAAGCUGGGCUGGCACGCAGGCGUCGCCGAUCAGAACACCGCUAACAAGGAGCAUUACUGCGGCCAUUGCCAUCUGGGCUGUGGCCUGGGAGAGAAAAUGGGGCCGGCACAGGCCUGGCUGCCCGCUGCAGCUGAAGCUGGUGCCGAUUUCAUGGAGGGACUCACUGUCGAAAAAGUCCUCUUUGAUGAGGAUGGAGCGACGGCAAUAGGAGUCCAAGGUUCGUGGCUAAGUAGAGAUGAGCAAGGUGGCCUUCACAAGGGCGUCGGAGAUCGUACGCAGAGGAAGGUUGUCAUCAAGGCAAAGAAGGUCAUCUUGUCCGCUGGGACUUUUUGGAGCCCUGUCAUCUUGAUGAAGAGUGGUGUUGAGAAUCCGCAACUGGGACGUAAUCUUCACCUCCAUCCCGUCAACUUUUUGAUGGCUGUGAAUCGGGAAGAGAUUCGACCAUGGGAAGGAGGCAUCAUCACGAGCUGGAGUGGUGAAUUUGAAAACCUCGAUGGCAAGGGGCACGGGGUCAAGCUAGAGCCGUUAUGCAUGGUGGUGAGUACUACCAAACAGGAGGAGCCCAGCAAAAGUUACUGCCACAGUGCUCGCUCCAAGAUUGGAUUUCGCUAA